UUGGGAAACGCCCUCCCGGGCUGAUGCUGUUGGGACAGGAGCACCGCAAAGUCUGCGACGUUUCUUCAGCAGUUUGGCGCAAAACACACCCGGAACAUGAGUUACAGGUCAACUCCGCAUUCGUCCUAUAAGAAGAUGUUCGGCGGCGACAGAGCCUCGUCCAGGACCUACACCAGCCGCCAGUUCUCCGGCCCCGCGCGCGCCACCUCCCGGGUGUCCUUCGGGCUGUCGUCCUCCCCGACCGUCUACGCGUCGAGGACCCACCGGCUCCGCAGCGGCGCCGCCGUGCCCCGUUUGGCCUCCGAGAACCUGGACUUCUCGCUGUCCGACGCCAUCAACAGCGAGUUCAUCACGAACCGCACCAGCGAGAAGGCGCAGAUGCAGUCGCUCAACGACCGCUUCGCCAGCUACAUCGAGAAGGUGCGCUUCCUGGAGCAGCAGAACAAGAUCCUGCUGGCGGAGCUGGAGCAGCUGCGGGGCAAGGGCACGUCCCGCGUGGGAGACCUGUACGAGGACGAGAUGCGCGAGCUGAGACGCCAGGUGGACCAGCUGACCAACGAGAAGGCCCGCGUGGAGGUGCACCGGGACAACCUGGGGGACGACAUCGACAGGCUGAGAGAGAAGUUGCAGGAUGAGAUGUCCCAGCGGGAGGAGGCCGAGACCGUCAUGCAGAGCUUCAGACAGGACGUGGACAAUGCAGCCCUGGCCAGACUGGACCUGGAGCGGAAGGUCGAGUCUCUCCAGGAGGAAAUCAACUUCCUUAAGAAGCUGCAUGAUGAGGAAAUGCUGGAGCUGCAGAACCAGGUCCAGCAGCAGCAGCAGCAUGUGCAGAUGGACAUGGACAUAGCUAAACCUGACCUGACAGCAGCUCUGAGGGACGUCCGUCUGCAGUACGAGAACCUGGCCUCCAAGAACAUCCAGGAGUCUGAGGAAUGGUACAAAUCAAAGUUUGCUGAUCUGACUGAGGCUGCAGCCAGAAACAAUGAUGCCUUGAGAGUGGCCAAGCAAGAGGCCAACGACUACAGGCGCCAAGUUCAAGCACUUACUUGUGAGGUAGAUGCUCUUAAAGGAACGAAUGAGUCCUUGGAGCGUCAGAUGAGAGAAAUGGAGGAUAAUUUCUCCCUGGAGACGAACGGUUACCAGGAUACCAUCAGCCGUCUGGAGCAGGACAUUCACAACAUGAAGGACGAGAUGGCCCGUCACCUCCGGGAGUACCAGGAUCUCCUGAAUGUCAAGAUGGCCCUGGAUAUUGAGAUAGCCACCUACAGGAAGCUGCUGGAAGGAGAGGAGAACAGAAUCUCAACCCCACUGCCAAACUUCUCAUCUCUAAACCUGAGAGAUGUAGUCGUUGAUUCCAAACCUAAUGUUGAAACUACAACAACCAAGAAGGUUGUCAUUAAGACCAUUGAGACUAGAGAUGGUCAGGUGAUCAACGAGUCAACCCAGAACCACGAUGACUUGGAGUAGUAGCGUCUUUGUUCAUGCCAAACAGCCAACACAAGCAAUAUGAAGCAGCACUGUUCUCUGCGGCUACAAGCAAACAAACCAGAAACACACAAAACAAAACCAGCUUGAAUGAAGUGCCUUUUUAUGUGAUGAUCCAGUAACACCUGUUAGCUGACACACACUGGGUUUUGCCUUCCUCCUCUGCUGAAAGUAUCUUUUGUCACAUUUGUUGAGACACAAUAAUGAAAUCAGCACAACAUAGAAAGCCUCACUUAGAUCUAUGAAAGAAUCUUUGUUUGUGACCAAAGUAGUAUUUUGACUGAUUCAUCAUGCACGCCAAGAAAUCUAUAUGCUAAAGAUGUCACAAUUUCCUGUUUGCAGCAAUAAAGUAUUAUGAGGUGCAAUCCUUGA